CAGAGACGGUGGAUGAUGAAUAGUGUCACCGGGCAGACAUCAAAGUAUUUAUGUAUAUCAGGUUAUAAUAAUAAAAUGGGUAAGGUCAAAAAGGAAAUCCCUGAAGAUACAGACGCAGACAAAUCAGCUGAUGCAAGCUUUCUUACUGAGAAUAAAAAGACCUACGAUGAACUUCUGGUACAUUUGAAUCCAAUAUCGAAACCACUUGCUUCAAGGAAGCUCACAAGGAGAUUGUACAAAUGUGUCAAAAAGGCAUCUAAGGAAAAAAAAUUGCGAAGAGGGGUCAAAGAAGUUCAAAAGUUUUUGAAGAAAGGCGAGAGGGGGUUUGUGAUGUUUGCUGGAGACACCAGGCCAAUUGAAGUGAUGUGUCACCUGCCAAUAUUUUGUGAAGAAACGGACAUUCCAUAUUGCUAUGUGCCAGCAAAAGCUGAUCUCGGUUCAGCAACAGGAUCGAAAAGGCCAACAUGUUGCCUUUUAGUAAAGGAGGAUUCUGCAUAUGAAGACAGUUAUAAAGAAUGCCUGAAAGAUAUAAAAAAGUUGCCACCACCUGUUUGACAUAUGCCUAAAAACAGAUAUAUUCAGCAUGGAUACAUCAACUGACUUGAAUCCAAUGCCAUGUCUGAUACUUUACAUUGGACCCAAUGAUAUUUUACUAAUAAAUAUCUGAUAAUGAAUUUUCGAGACACUGCCAGUUUAAUAUCAACUAACUUUUUUUUAACAAGGCAAACAAUCAUUUUUUUGAAAAAUAUACACUGAAUUGGACAAGACAUGA